CGAAGCGCGAUGGGGUCGGGGCUUCUCCCGGGGCUUCUCCUGGGGGUCCUCGGCGUCCUCGGCGGGGCCGCGAGCGGGCCCCACUCCUUGCGCUACUUUGAUGUUGCGGUGUCGGAGCCCAGCCCGGGGGUUCCCCCGUUCGUGCAAGUGGGGUACGUGGAUGGGAACGUCAUUUCGCGCUACGACAGUGGGACGGGGAGGGCAGUGUCCCAGGUGGACUGGAUGGCGGCCAAUGUGGAUCAGCAGUACUGGGACAGCCUGACCCAGAUUGGACAGAGCAAUCAGGGCUUCUACCGCGUGGGCCUGGACACACUGCAGCGCCGCUACAACCAGAGCGGGGGGGCUCACACGGUGCAGCGCAUGUACGGCUGUGACCUCCUGGAGGACGGUAGCACCAGGGGGUAUAUGCAGGAUGCCUACGACGGGAAGGACUUCAUCGCCUUCGACAUGGACACGAUGACGUUCACCGCGGCGGACGUGGGGGCACAGGUCACCAAGAGGAAGUGGGAGGCGGACGGGACUGAAGCAGAGCAGUGGAAGCACUACCUGACGAGCACCUGCGUCGAGUGGCUGAAGAAAUACGUGAGCUACGGGCAGGCCAUGCUGGAGAGGAAAGAGCGCCCCACAGUCCGAGUGUCGGGGAGGGAGGCCCACGGGAUCCUGACCUUGCACUGCCGCGCUUACGGCUUCUACCCGCGGCCCAUCACCGUCAGCUGGCUGAAGGACGGCGAGGUCAGGGACCAGGACACCGAGUGGGGCAGCAUCGCGCCCAACAGCGACGGCACCUACUACGCCUGGGCCUCCAUCGAUGCCCACCCAGAGGAGAAGGACAAGUACCAGUGCCGCGUGGAGCAUGCCAGCCUGCCCGAGCCCGGCCUCUUCGUGUGGGAGCCGGAGUCCAACCUGUUCACCAUCAUGCUGGCGGUGGCUGUUGCCAUGCUGGUUGUCAUUGCCAUCAUCGGAUUCAUCUUCUUGAAGCGCAAAUUGGCGAAGAAGAAGAAGAAGGGCUACAGCACAGCACCAUUGACCACUGCCUAACCGCUUGACGAGGGGCUGGCACAUGGCUGGAUGCGGCCCCGUGCCCUCUCACCAGCUGGAUGAAGAGAGGUGCUGGAGGCAGCCGGGAGCUGUCUGCGGAGGGAGCUUGUCACGCUGCGCCUGCCUACCCCCGGCUACGGUGGUGGCUCUUCUGAUUGUGUGAACUUGCUGUUUUCUGCUGAUUUUAAAAUUGGACACUGCAAUUAUUACCGAUAUUUUGAGAUUGUAACUGAUUUCUUCUGCAUGUGUACAUUUUCUGGCACGCACAAUAAAUGCUGGUCCCCGCCCUCCGGCGGGCUGUGCCUCCUCUCCCGGUACCGGGACUGCUCUCGCAGCCUCGGGUCGAGGGCUGUACUGGUUUUGGCUGGGAUAGAGUUGAUUUUUCUUCAUAGCAGCACAGCGUGGUGCGGUGUUUAGGAUUUGUGACCGAAACAGCGUUGGUAACACAGCGAUGGAUUUGAACAGCGUUG